AUGUCUCAGUCUAGAAAGCCUUUACCAAAACUUCCAAUUGAUAACAUAAAUAGAGAUGAUUCAUCUUCCAAAAAUUCAUAUCGUAAUCAACAACAUCAACGGCAACCACGAAAUGCAAAUUCUCCCCCAAUAUCACCUUCUCCUUUGGACCAAACAACGUCGACUAAUGUUAAUUUCGGGAAUGCUGAUGAUCAAGAUGAUGUCUCGGAUUUUUACAAAGAGGCUUAUAGCCCCUCAAGUGGUGGAGGUCGUAAUGAUUUUUCGGAAAGAGGCAAGGCAAGAGCUUCCGUUGCUUCGAUGCCCGAAUCUAUCAUCCAACCUACAGAACGAUCACCGUCUUCAAGUGCUUCUUCACAGACACUUUUUCAAAAGGAUUUUGAUAAAUCAGCUACUCACCGUUCCAAUACCCCCGCUAAUGAAAAUAAUUUGGAGCAAAAAGUUCAGGAAAUUGUGGAAAUGAAUGUGUUAAAUGAUAGACAUACAAGCCUAUCACAUGCAACAUCAAUGAGUCAUCGACCACGUCCUCAAGCGGAAGGUCCAAUCCCUUUAUCUAAUAAUAGUGAAAUAUGUUCCCCCGAAAGACCUAAAAGUCCUACAAGAAGUUUAAUAAGAAUGCCAUCUAUUAUGAGAGGCCUUAAUGAUUCCCCUAACAUUGAAAAUGCAAAUUCUCCACGCCGUCAAAAAUCUCUCGUUAGACCUGAACGUGCACGUAACCAAAAUUAUCGCAAUAGCAGAAUCGGCACUUCGGCGAGGCCAAUGUAUGAUGAUCUAAAUGAUGAUGAAGAAACGAAAAGAUGGAGCGUAUUUUCUGGUACUGGGGGUGAUGAUAGACGAAAAAGUUUCAUAUCCAAAAGAGGUUCGAUGAAAGAAUCACCAAGAAAAAGAAAAUGGUAUCAAUGUCAAUUUCCAUCUUUCUGGUUAUUAUUUUCCCGUUUUAUCACUUUUUGGGCCCCUCCUUCUAUAUUAUCAUGUUGUGGUAUGCACGAUAGGUCGGUACAACAAGCUUGGAGAGAAAAAAUCGCUUUGGUCACGAUCAUUAUAUUACUUUGUGUAGUUGUUGGUUUCUUGACCUUUUUCCUUCGAAAUGCCCUUUGUAGGAAACAACCCAUUGAAACGAUUCAUAUUGGAACUGUCACACAAGAACAAGCAACUAUUUUAGGAAAGGUUUACAAUUUAUCAAGCUUCACGCAUAAACCUGUUCCUCCUUUUGUCAAUAAUUCAGAUUUAUCUAGUCCAGAGAAUGCCCUUUUUUAUCGAGCUGAUUUAUCAUUCCUGUUUCAAUCGGUCAACUUUGAAUGUAAAGGCGUGUUGACUCCUGAUGUUGCAAAUGCUGAUGGAUCGGUACUGAAUUAUUUUCCUUGUGUGCCCGUACGUGAUUAUGAUCUUCCGAAUCCAGAUGCAAAUCCAGGAAAUAAAGGUUGUCAUCCAAGUUUUAAUGAACGAGUUGUUGCACUCAGUCAAUUCAAGUUAAUAGGAGAAGUCUACUUUGAAUGGGAAGAUAUACAAAAUUCGGCUAAAAAAUACGUUGUAUAUAACAAUCAUGUUCUUGAUCUAGAUAAAUUCCAAUGGACGUGUAUAGAUUCAAUCGUCCGGGUCGGUGUCGUUAGUUUAACGCCACCCGGUUGCCUCGUCACUGAUGUUAUAACUUUUGUCAGCUUGAUUGUAAUCGUCAGUGUGGUUUUGGUUAGAUUUUUUUUGGCUGUUUUAUUUGGUUGGAUUUUGAGUUGGCGUCUUGGUAAUUUUCGUGAAGAGACAGCAGAAGAGAUUGCCCAACGACAAAGAGAUAUAGAGAAUUGGUCAAAUGAAAAUAACCAUUUCCAAUCUAGCUCAAGGGAUUUGAGACAAGAUUCUGCAUCAUCAUUCAAUCUCACCAACAAAUCGAGAUUCUCAACGCUUCCUCCGCCUGGAUCAGCACCUUUUAUUGAUCGAAGAAGGCAUGAUAGUCGACCAACUAGUCGACAAUUUUUACCGAAUCAACCCGGUAUUAAGAAUUUUCAUAACGGCUCAACUAGUUCGCUUUUGGGACCAAUGUCAACUAAUGGUCAUUCCGCAGCUACGAUGAAGGAUUCCAAAACAAGUCGAAAUUCAUCUUUUAACGAAAACAACAGUCAAGGUCGAACGGAUUCUCUGUCUUCAACCUCGUCAGACGCUCAAGUCUCUUCCCAUCCAAACUUGGAUCUUUCCAGCGAAGCGCGAUUAAAUUUUUCAUCGAAGCACACCAUCAUGUUGGUUACAUGUUAUUCUGAAGGAUUACAAGGAAUACGGACGACCCUUAAUUCUUUAGCAAAUACGGAUUAUCCUACUUCACAUAAACUGAUUAUGGUCAUCGCAGAUGGGGUAAUUUUUGGUGCCGGAAAUGAACUCUCCACUCCGGAUAUUUGUCUUUCUUUGAUGUCCGAUUUUAUUGUUCCCGUUGAUAAUGUCGUGGCGCAUUCUUACGUUGCCAUUGCUGAUGGAAAGAAACGUCACAAUAUGGCCAAAGUGUAUGCUGGUUUUUACAGAUAUAAAGAUUCGACGGAGAAAGUUCGCAAAGUUCCAAUGGUGACUAUCGUAAAAUGUGGAGGUCCUGACGAAAAGGAAGACAAAAAACCAGGAAAUCGUGGAAAACGUGAUUCUCAAAUCAUUCUAAUGAGUUUCUUACAAAAAGUCAUGUUUGACGAAAGGAUGACACCUCUUGAGUAUGAAUUCUUCAAUUCAAUUCGAACGGUUUCCGGUGUUACCCCGGACUUCUUUGAAAUCGUACUAAUGGUUGAUGCUGAUACAAAGAUUUAUGCUGAUUCGGUGACAAGAAUGGUUGCAUGUAUGGCAAAUGAUUCCUCGGUUAUGGGUAUUUGCGGUGAGACGAAAAUCGCCAACAAAAGCGAUAGUUGGGUUACGAUGAUUCAAGUGUUUGAGUAUUAUAUCUCUCACCAUAUGCAGAAGGCCUUUGAAUCAAUUUUUGGAGGUGUAACAUGUUUACCGGGAUGUUUUUGCAUGUAUCGUAUCAAGUCGCCAAAGGGACCUAAUGGGUAUUGGGUACCGAUCCUUGCCAAUCCUGACAUCGUUGAGCAGUAUUCAGAAAAUAUCGUUGAUACACUCCAUAAGAAGAAUUUAUUACUUCUUGGAGAAGACAGAUAUUUAUCAACGUUGAUGCUUCGAACAUUCCCAAAAAGAAAAAUGAUGUUUGUACCUCAGGCAGUAUGUAAGACAAUUGUGCCCGAUACAUUUAGGGUACUUAGAUCACAAAGACGUAGAUGGAUUAAUUCUACUGUACAUAAUUUAUUAGAAUUAGUGUUGAUUCCAGACUUGUGUGGGACCUUCUGCUUUUCGAUGCAGUUUGUUAUAUUUAUGGAACUAGUUGGCACAGUGGUAUUACCGGCUGCUAUAACUUUUACCGUAUAUCUUAUUAUCAUUUCAAUCGUUAAAAAACCUCCUCAAAUUAUUCCACUUGCACUUUUAGCCGCCGUGUUAGGUUUACCAGCAAUUUUAAUUUUAUUGACAACUCGAAAAAUAGUUUAUGUGGGAUGGAUGUUGAUUUAUUUAUUAUCAUUGCCCAUAUGGAACUUUGUGUUACCUGUAUACGCAUUUUGGCAUUUUGAUGACUUCUCAUGGGGACAAACGCGCGUGAUUAUUGGCGACGAAAUUGCAGAUCAUUCACGCAAGGAUGGGGAAUUUGAUAGUACAAAGAUCGUAAUGAAACGAUGGGUAGAGUGGGAACGUGAAAAACAGAUGAAAUCCAAAAACCCGAUGCAACAACAAAUUUCAUCAGCUCCAAUGAGUCUAGAAGAAAGGUAUCAAAAUCCAAUAAGGCAAGGGGGAAAUGAAAAACCUUCGUAUCAAACAAUGACGCUUCCAAGAGUAGUUGGUAAAAGAAAUACUGGUACGACGAAAUUAAAGUCUCAUACUGCGGAUUCUUUAAUGAUACCGCCACCAUUAAGUAAUUCCUCGAAUAAUAGUAGCUCGACACUUACAGUUGGUACGGAUGCUUUUACGUCCACUACAACUGAAGUAGGAGAUUAUCGACAAAAUUCAUUACCAAGAACUAACACAAACAGUUCUAAUUUUAGUUAUAAUAGUAGUAAUAAUACUAGAAACAGUAAUAACAGUUAUAUUAAUGGAAAUAAUAACGGACCUGAUGAAAAUCGUAUCCAUUUACAACGUCGACAUUAUAGUUCGUAA